AUGUCAAGAAAUGUCUGGGAAAACUCAUUUUAUUAUCUGACAAGGUGUGUACGGAAUGCAGAAGCUAGCAGAAGUCAUUACACGUUUAGCAAAAGCAAAUGUUUAUGUUUACAUACGUAAAUAUAACUUGUUUACCGAACGAUGCUCAAGAAAACAGCUGUCAGUUAGCAAUAUUACAGCGUCGUACGUUGUGUUCAACCUGGCAGUGAUCGACAUGCUUGUUUUGUACGUUUUGAAGGACUUCGCGCCACGAGUGGUAAACAGAAUCUGUGUACAGGAUAGCUUAGUUCAUUGUCCUGAGCAUAACACACGGUGAGAGAGAAUGCCAAAUGAAAAAGGUCGGCAAAAUAGUAUAUACGAUCGACGGAACCCAAAUACAAGUCACUUCAGAUACCGCGAGGUCAUGUCAGGUUAAAAUUGUGAUGUUUCCUGCGCAAGUGGCCAGGCGACACCGAGCUGGAUAUAUAUUAUCCCUGAUGAAAUACGAGAGAAAGGUAAAGGCUAAAGGUCGACAUUUUCUCUUUGUUUUACAGCAGCGCUUUAGGCCAUUCAAGUCAGCUGGUGAAUCAAAAUAGCUAUAGCAGGCGAAAACUGAAACUUAUAAAAUCUGCGACCUUCGUGGUAACAAAGGUUACGAUUACCAAUCCAGCAACAUGAUUGACUUUGAUUUGGUACUGAAAGAGAUUGGAUAUUUUGGAAGAUACCAACUGUUUCUCAUCUGCGCUGCUCUGUGGUCCAUGGUACCUAUUGCAUGCAAUCUGUCCGGCGUCGUUUUUCUCGCUUAUCAAGCAGAACAUCGCUGUUCCGUGCAAGGUUUGGAUCAAAUUAUCGAAGAAUCAAACACAAGUAAUCAGCUGAAACAACUUUUCAUUCCAAAAAUAGACAAUAGUUACAGCAAAUGCGAAAGAUUCGUUUACGAGUUCAACGGUGGCCAAUCGAAUGAAAGUUUCACGGAAAGAAUCAAAUGUAGCAACCGUACAAAGGAAUGUCUCAAUGCAACCAUAUCUGCUAUUACUAAUGCGACAAAAACUGCUGACGACUGCAAUGGCCAUUAUUAUUACGAUCGAAGUGUUUUCAAGGAAACUAUUACAACAGAGUGGAAUCUGGUGUGUCAGAGAGAAAGUCUCAGUUCACUGUCAACAGCCAUCUUCUGCCUUGGGAUGUUGUUGGGUUCAGUGGUGGGGGGAAACAUCGCCGACCGAUACGGUCGUAUCAGGACAAUGGCAGUAGCUACAGCAUUGAACGCAAUAGUGGCAAGUUGCUGCUCCUUAAGUCCGAAUUUCCUCAGUUUCAUCAUAAUGCGCUUUAUUGUGGGUGGAUCUUCAAUCGCAACGUUGGUCGCUAUGUCCGUUUAUACUGUAGAAAUAGUCGGCGCACCGUACCGUGCUAUGGUCGGGUUGCAACUUGGUGUGUGGUCCGGGUUUGGCUACAUGACGCUUUCCAUUUUGGGAUAUUUUUUCCGACAUUGGAGGACCUUGGAACUUUCCCUUGGCUUGUUGUUCUUGCCUUUCUUAUUUAUCGCACCCUUCAUGCCAGAAUCACCGAGGUUGCUGUUCACACAAGGAAAAGUUGACUGUGCAAAGGAAGUAUGCAGGAAAAUGGCGAAGAGAAACGGCAGAACACUGAAUGAAAACGUUUGGGAACGCGCAGAGAUAGACGACUGCGAGAAGAAACAUGAGGAUUUCUCACCACUGAUGUUGUGCAUGAAGCCGCGAAUGGUUCUACUGCUUGUGGUGAUGACGUUUCAAUGGUUCAUAAAUAGCCUUGUGUUCUUCUGUUUAUCUUUCAACGUUGGAAGCUGGGCAGGAAAUCCUUUUCUUAACAACGCGCUGAGUGGAUUGGUUGAAUCUAUUGCUUGUAUUCUUGUUGUUCCAUUCAUCCACAAGUUCGGGCGAGCAAAAACUGUUGUUAUAGCGCUGGUGAUAUCUGGCAGUCUACUGAUUAUCAAUGAAGUGUUGAAGUUUGCAUUCAAAGACAGUACAGGUAUUGGCACAGCUGAAGUGGUUAUUCUGCUGAUUGCAAAAUUCACAAUCAGCGGUUCGUUUAACAUGUUGUUUCUCUAUACUGCCGAACUAUAUCCUACGCACAUCCGAAACACAGCCCUUGGUGUGACGUCAGCUGGUGCGAGAAUGGCAAGCAUUAUCGCGCCUUUUCUGCUUCAAACUCAAAGCAAAGUACCUUGGAUUUUGCCGGUUGUUUUAGGUUUGGUGUGCUUUCUUUCCGCUGUGAUGGCUUCCAGAUGCCCAGAGACGAACGGAAUGUCAAUGCUUUGUACAAUGGCAGAUGCUCAGCAUUUCUAUAAAAUGCACAGGAAAAUGAGCAAAGAAUAUAAACUAGCGCUUAACAACAAUAACAAAAAGAAGUUUGUCAUGCCGGUUGAUGGCGUUCCGAAGUCAGCACCGCUAAUAACUGAAGAAAUUUCAAUUUAAACUUGCCCACACGUAUUGAGCUAGUCUCAUCACAGGCCUAAUGCUUAUACACGGCACUUACCUUUCGUUGUGGGUCUAAAGUACAUUGCAGCCCAAGCUUUCGAUACUAUGCAUUCGCUUUAUGAAUUUUCGUACAACGCCACAUUGCACCGUGGAGCGUUUUUAACCUGUAACAAACGAUUGUAUUUAGUGAAAUAGCAAUUUGUCUUUAUCAUGUACUAUAUUAGAACAAGUUACCUUCUUUUAUGACAUGUACCACUUAAAUAACUUUCGAAACGUGCCUCUUACUACCCUUGCAGCUGAAAGCAUAUACAAAACGAAAGAGAUGUAGAAUAAAAAAAAACUAGACAAAAA